GUGGACGUUAAAAAAGCAGUCCAGAUGUCUGGUGGCAGUACGAGCUACCCAUGCACAUUUGAGGAGUGCAAAGGGAAAGAACUGUUGCCAGUCAUUUGUCCACACUGUCAGAAACAUUUCUGUUUGGCGUAAGUGUCAUGUUUUUUCCCCCUUUGAUGACAUGUCUGCCCUGGUCUCUCCAACAAGAACAGGCACCAUAUUCAAAAAGUUUCUCAGAAGGAUCUGAUCUAUGAUCUGUUUUUCCUUUUAGUUCACAAUGUAUGGACAGGGGUGACCUGAUCCUAGAUCAGCACUCCUAUUCUGAGACACUUUAUGAAUACGGGUCCAGGUCUACUGAAACUACAGUGUUAGGUGAUGUGUUGGUUGAGGAGUAGAGCAGGGGUUCUCAAACUUUGGGUCCGGGAACCCUUUUGUGAUAGCAAAUUUAUCAGGGACAUCUUGGCCAAAAUUAGUUUAAUAUGUUGUUUUGAAAUAUUCCUUUAAAAAAAAAUGAAAUGAGAUAUAUAUAUAUAUAUAUAUAUAUAUAUAUAUAUAUAUGAGAUCUGUCUGUGGACCCCCUGCAGUACCUCGGAACCCACUUUGAGAGCCCCUGUAGUAGAGGAUAGAGAGGUAGAUGAUGGGUGUGUUCAAAGCUCCUCUCAUACCCCCAUUGUCUUUAUUCUCCAGCCAUCGUCACCAAGAUGACCACAAGUGUGAGAAACUGGAAACGCCCAAGCCUCGCAUGGCUGCCACGCAAGAGCUGGUGCAGAAGAUUGUAGGUCAGUCACAGUCACAACUUUUCAUCAGAAACCAAAGAAUGAACCUUUACUGGGUCUAUUGGGGUUUAUCCCAAAUGGUACCCUAUUCCCUAUUUUCACAGGACUGUGGUCAAAAGUAGUGCACUAUAUAGGGAAUAGGGUGCCAUUUGGGACUCCUCCUUUAGUCUUUCUCAAAAUAAAUUGUAUGAACUCCAUGGCCAUACAGGAUAUGCUUAUCCCUGCAAUUCUUUAGCCUGUCCACAUGAGGACGGUGUUCACAAAUGUUGGGUUGUUCUACCCUCUUGACUGAACAGAGUCCAAGAAGGCUUUGCCUCCAAGGAAAGGUCGCAAAGGAGCAAAGAACGCUGCAACAGCAGCCAAGGUGGCUUUGAUGAAACUAAAGCUUCAUGCUGCAGGAGACAAGGGACUGCCACAGGUACUACCAGUCUGGUAUAAAGAGCGAUGGGGAGCGAGAUGCAGAGUGAUUGCGUCUGACCUAUUCCCUAGAUAGUGGACUACUUUCGACCAGGGCCCAAAGGGCUCUGUUCAAAAGUAGUGCACUAUUUAGGGAAUAGGGUGUAAUUUGAGAUUCAGCCACUGAGAGAGUGUGUCUGAGGGUGUGGACUUGAACUGUGAAGGUGUUAUUAAAGUGGGGAUGUGAUAACAUAUAAUGCCACAUACUAUGUUGGGUCAAGAGGUAGUAACCCAACUUCUACUUCUUUGAUUUGCAGGGGGGAAUAUACACUACCAGUCAAAAGUUUGGAAACACCUACUCAUUCACAGGUUUUUCUUUAUUUUUACUAUUUUUUACAUUGUAUAGUGAAGACAUCAAAACUUUGAAAUAACACAAAUGAAAUAAUGUAGUAAACAAAAAAGUGUUAAACAAAUCAACAUAUAUUAAUUUGCCUUGACAGCUUUGCACACUCUUGGCAUUCCCUCAACCAGCUUCACCUGGAAUGCUUUUCCAACGGUCUUGAAGGAGUUCCCACAUAUGCUGAGCACUUGUUGGCUGCUUUUCCUUCACACUGCGGUCCGACUCAUCCCAAACCAUCUCAAUUGGGUUGAGGUGGGGGGGAUUGUGGAGGCCGGUCAUCUGAUGCAGCACUCCAUCACUCUCCUUCUUGGUAAAAUAGCCCUUACACAGCCUGGAGGUGUGUUGGGUCAUUUUCCUGUUGAAAAACAAAUUAUAGUCCCACUAAGCCCAAACCAGAUGGGAUGGCGUAUCGCUGCAGAAUGCUGUGGUAGCCAUGCUGGUUAAGUGUGCCUUGAAUUCUAAAUAAAUCACAGACAGUGUCACCAGCAAAGCACCCCUACACCUUAACACCACCUCCUCCAUGCUUUACGGUGGGAAAUACACAUGCAGAGAUCAUCUGUUCACCCACACCGCGUCUCACAAGGACACAGCGGUUGGAACCAAACAUCUCCAAUUUGGACUCCAGACCAAAGGACAGAUUUCCACCGGUCUAAUGUCCAUUGCUCAUGUUUCUUGGCCCAAGCAGGUCUCUUCUUAUUAUUGGUGUCCUUUAGUAGUGGUUUCUUUGCAGCAAUUUGACCAUGAAGGCCUGAUUCACAGUCUCCUCUGAACAGUUGAUGUUGAGAUGUGUCUGUUACUUGAACUCUGUGAAGCAUUUAUUUGGGCUGCAAUUUCUGAGGCUGGUAACUCUAAUGAACUUAUCCUCUGCAGCAGAGGUAACUCUGGGUCUUUUAUUCCUGUGGCGGUCCUCAUGAGAGCCAGUUUCAUCAUAGCGCUUGAUGGUUAUUGCGACUGCACUUGAAAAAACAUUCAAAGUUCUUGAAGUUUUCCGUAUUGACUGACCUUCAUGUCUUAAAGUAAUGAUGGACUGUUGUUUCUCUUUGCUUAUUUGAGCUGUUCUUGCCAUAUUAUGGAAUUGGUAUUUUUUUACCAAAUAGGGCUAUCUUCUUCUGUAUACCCCCCCCCCCCCCCCCCCUACCUUGUCAUAACACAACUGAUUGGCUCAAACACAUUAAGAAGGAAAUACAUUCCACAAAUUAACUUUUAAGAAGGCACACCUGUUAAUUGAAAUGCAUUCCUGGUGACUACCUCAUGAAGCUGGUUGAGAGAAUGCCAAGAGUGUGCAAAGCUGUCAUCAAGGCAAAGGGUGGCUACUUUGAAGAAUCUCAAAUAUAAAAUAUAUUUUGAUUUGUUUAACUCUUUUUUUUUGGUUACUACAUGAUUCCAUAUGUGUUAUUUCAUAGUUUUGAUGUCUUCACUAUUAUUCUACAAUGUAGAAAAUAGUAAAAAUAAAGAAAAACCCUGGAAUGAGUAGGUGUGUCCAGACUUUUGACUGAUACUGUAUAUUUGUUUACAAUUUGCAGUUGUUUAUACCGAUCUAAAAUGAUGCAUAAAUCUCUGCAAUGCUUUAGGCUAGAGAGGAGCGGUAAAAUGCCAGAGGAAGAGUUGACUCUGAUGGGAAUAUCUUUGGUUUGUCUCUAUGAUAUUCAGAAGCUGCGCUACGACCUUCUAAAGUUGAGGAGUCAAAGACAUUUGCUUGGGAAGUAAUCUUAUACAAUGUGACUGUCGCUAUCAAUUGACACUUUCUGUAAAAUAAUAUGUAUAAUUAAAUUGAGAACAUAUUUGGUAGCGGAAUAACAUUUGGGAAAAUCGGGUUUAGAAUGCAUUUUCGUUAUCUAUUAUUAAGUAGCCUAUCCAAAAGAUGUCAUGAGUCUUGUUAAACUACGUAGAAUUUCAGGAAAUGAGCUUCAAAACAACAUUUUCUUAGGGCCCUCAUUAAACAAAUUCAAGCUGGUUUAAUAUAGGCUAUGUCAAUAAACAAUAAUAAAAAGGGAGUGAUACUGAAAAUGGGGGUCAUGGUAAAAAGGUUGGGAACCCUGUUGUAAACGACAGCAUCUACUUAUACUGUAUGUCAUCAUUCUAUAAAGAAUCAGUGUCUUUUUUAUGGGCUUUUGCAUUUUAUUUGAUAUACAUGUCUACAUCUCCCUAACUUUGCUUUCCAGACAGAGAGGAUCUAUUUCAGUGUCUUCCUUCCCAAAGAGGGCAAAGACUCCAGCCUGCCCAUGUUUUUCUGUUCCAAGUGGAGUGUGGGGAAAGUAGUGGACUACGCUGCCUCACUGGCCAGCCUCAAGAACAACAACAACGUACUAACGGCUAAGGUAACAGAAAACAGCCGCGAGCAGCAAGUUCCAAUCAGACAAACCUAUUGUACCUCUGUCGGCAUACAAAUUAUAGAAACCUCUCUUUUAAAACAUCUUAGAACAAUGUAUUAACAGCAAAGGUAACAAAGCUACCACAAGCUGUCUCCAAGCAGAAAAACCUAUUCUACCAUUAUCAUUAUACAAAUAUUAGAGACGAAACAUACCAACACGAACGUCGGCAGUGCACAGUGGCUGGCCAUCCUAUCGCCACUGACCACAGAACAUCGGCCACCAUUUUCUGUUUGUUUCCCUUUGAUUCUACAUUUUCAAUCACCACCAUUUGUCGACACCCAGCAGGUGAUCUACUUCGCAUGGCAAACUUUCGUGUUGGUCUGUCUUGUCUCUAAGAUACCUCUCUUUUAAAAACUCUUACUAAAAACCUAAUUUUUCCUCCCCCUGUGGUGUUGUUGUUGACGUGUAGAAGCUGCGGCUGUGCCACCCCCAGACGGGCGAAGCUCUCAAGAUGGAUGACACCCUUCUCUCCCUGCUGGCUCACCCAGACUUGCCCCUCUACAAUGGGGGCAACGUGAUCCUAGAGUACCUGGACAACGACUGCUCAGGCCUGGAGGACACCUCUACCUACGUCUCACAGUCCUGA